AUGCAUUGGCCUUUCUUCUCCCGUCACAUCCCCUUUCUCUCCGUCCUCACACUGAAAGGCGCGAGGGCGUAUUAUCUCCACUCUGUACUGCACGACUGGACGAACGAGAUCUGCGAGAGUAUUCUUGGGCAGGUCAAGGCUACGAUGAGGCCUGGUUAUGAUAGGCUCUUGAUCAACGAGAACGUGAUACCUUCCUGGGGCGCAGAUUGGCAGGUUACGGGGCUCGAUAUGGUCAUGAUGACUGUUUUUGCGUCGAGGGAGAGGACGGAGGAGCAGUGGAUCGUCAAGAUCUGGUCCAGGGGUGAGGGGUCUGAGUCGCUUAUUGAGUGUGAGUUGGCAUGA